ACCUUGUUAGUAAUGUACUUUUCAAUAUAAUCCUCCAUUGACAUACAUAUAGUUUGUUGUCUUUUUAAUUGAGUAGACACUUCUGGGCAGUUAGACAUUUGAACCAUUUGCUUAUUAACCCUGUCAGGUGGAUAAUCCUAGAUUACCAGUCUCUUAAACCGUACUGCAUUUGUAGAAAGGCCAUUAACUAAAGCAGCAGUAGUGAAUGCACGGUGUUGCUACUUUCUACUAACAGUACAUGCUAAAGCUGCAGCUAUGGUUCAUUUUUCUUUCUUUUUUAUUCAAUUAUUUUACCUUCCUUUCCUCCCUUCCUUUGGUAUCAUCACAUUUCUAAGGAUGGGGAAUUUUACCUCUUCCAGUACUGCAGGUCUCUCCAGUACAGCCUGUGUACAACUUGUUCAGGAGAUGGUGUCACAGAACUGUGUUGUCAUAUUCUCCAAGACCACCUGUCCCUAUUGCAAAAUGGCCAAAAAUGUGUUCAAUGAAAUCGGUGCCAAUUACAAGGUGAUUGAACUGGACCAGCACAACGAUGGAAAGAGACUUCAGGAGGCCUUGGCACAGUUGACUGGUGUCAGAACAGUUCCAAGAGUUUUUGUGAACGGAAGCUGCAUUGGGGGCGGCUCCGACACCAAGCAGCUCCAUCAGCAGGGAAAGUUACUGCCCCUCCUCGAGCGAUGCUCCCCCUGCUGUGUUACCGAAGGAUCAGGCAGUGGACACUUUGAACCCUCUAAAUGACUAACCGUCACUGUAGCCUUUUUAAAUCCUCUAUUAUUUAAUGUUUUGCUUAAUUAUAUACUUGGAGUUACACAUUUUUUGAACAUGUUUAUGCUCUUGGUUUAUCAAAGUCAAACAGAUUGUUGAUGUCUAAUUUGGUUGUAUUUUCUCAGAAAUGUGAAAUAUUAGUAUACAUUUUAUGAAAAUCUCCCAUCUUAAAACCUAAGAAAACCCUGAAAUCACAUCCGUUCCUUUGUUAAAUUCUAAAAUAAAAGGACAAAAAAUAGCUUUAAACUUUAAUAUGUACUGGAAUUCGAAUACCUGAAAAUAUUGAAACACCUGAUUAUAACACACACUUUACUAUGCUGCUCGUCUGCAAAUCUUGAAGAACAUUAUGUUUAUUUAAGUAGCUUAUUGUUUUUUGACAUUUUAGAAAUAGCGGUGACUGUCUGAAUGUUUACUCGAGAAAAGCAUUGAUAAAAAAUCUCCAAUGCAUGUCAAAGGUUUCAGGAGAGCCUAAACAGGAAAAAAUAUUUGUAUUCCUGUACAUCAGAUGUAUAUUAUGUAAUAAACAUGAAAGAAAUACCAUUCUCAA